CACUCAUUCUUCAUCUCCGUCAUCAGUCAUAACCAGUGCUGUCUUUCAGAGCUCGAGUCAUCAUGGCAACUAAGAUGGUGAUUCAGCAGCCGAAGCCCUUGGUUUUGGCUCCGGGUUCUGACCAGUGGUCCACCAGCCUCUGCGAAUGCGACACACUCCCAGACUGUUGCUUUGCGUUCUGGUGCUGCCCAUGUUUCGCCUGCAUCACAGCCCAGGAUCACGGAGAGUGUCUCUGCUUGCCCCUGCUGGACAGUUUCGGACUCAUCCCACCCAUCACUAUGGCAAUGAGAGUGUCUGUCCGACGCACGUAUGGCAUCGAGGACUCUAUUUGCAACGACUGUGUGUUGUCCUUCUGCUGCGGGCCAUGUUCUUAUUGUCAGAUAAGACGUGAGCUGAAGUCCCGCAACCGCCCUGUCACCCUCUUAAGCUUCCGAAAAUAAAACACUUCAUCAUCAUCAGUCACUGAUUCGUAACUUCAACUUUAAAAUGAAGUCAGUUCUGACCCUGAGGUGUGGACUUCAGCUAGUCGGCUGAGGAAUGAUGCCUGAAAA